UUUGCUUUCCAAUUUCCAAAUAGGCGAGAUACAUUCCCUUCCUAUCCAGCCCGAGGCGAGGGUGAGCGAAGCCUGCGACUGCGGGGACGAGCACGAACAGGAGCCGGAGGAGCGUCACGAGAUGCUCCCAUGGGCAGCCACGGCCUCCUCGGCCACCACCCCCGCCUCCUUUGUCCUUCUCCUCCGCGCCGCCACUCUCCGCCCUCCACUGCCUCUCCACCCACCGUCUCUGCCUCCGCGACCGCUCUCUGCUGGCCUCCGGGCCGCACCGCGCGCCGCGUCCUCCGACGGCGACGUCUUCUGGGAGGAGCCGGACGACGGGUCCGGUAGCGACUACGAGGACGAAGGUGAGGAAGCGGCAGGACCAAGGAAACGCUCUCCGUUCCCGUCCCCCUCGCCGUUCUCCAGGCUCGAGACGGCACGGCAGCAAGAACAGGAGCUCCGGCAAGAAAUUGAGCUCCUCUUGACGCCAGAAGAAAAGGCUAUCUUGGACCAGCACGAGAUGCCUGAUGUCACUAAAAUAUCAUCACCAAAAUGGCAUCCGCUUCAUAGCUACGCGUUGGCACUGCAGAUACCUCUCAUGGACAAGUUGCUGGACAGUGGUGUUGACAUCAAUUUACUUGAUAGAGAUGGUUUCACCCCUCUUCACAAGGCGGUCAUAGGCAAAAAAGAGGCUGUCAUUAGCCAUCUCCUAAGAAAAGGGGCAAAUCCCCACGUUAGAGAUAGGGAUGGAGCCACACCAUUACAUUAUGCUGUUCAAGCUGGUGCCCUGCAAACCGUGAAGUUACUGAUUAAGUACAAGGUUGAUGUCAAUGUUGCUGAUAAUGAUGGAUGGACACCGCUACAUUUAGCCAUACAAAGUAGAAAUAGAGACAUAGCAAAGGUCUUGCUUGUCAAUGGUGCUGAUAGGACAAGAAGAACCAAGGAUGGAAGGACCGCAUUGGAUCUGAGCUUAUGUUUUGGAAGGGAUUUCAAGUCAUAUGAUCUGGCAAAGCUUGUCAAACUUAUUCCAGCAAAUAGAAAUUUGUGAUUUUGUUCUGCCACAGAUUUGAGACAAAGAGAGGAAAUAUUUGCAAGAAUAGCCAUGUACAAUCUUCCAAUUGUUCAGGGAAUUCGUUGUUCCUUUCAUUAUCUGAACCACCAUUGUUCUAACCCUGAUUCAUGAAAAACUUAUGUAGAAGUAGCAAGACACCAGAUGCAGUGAAAAGCACAAGAAAGAAAUUAUCAAUUUCAGAUGAUAGGGUUCAAAAAUGCAGGCGACCUGACAGAUUUGCUAUGCAGCUGUUCUAUUAAAUUGUACAUGCUCUGGUCAUCUUGGAGUUGUUUUAGCUGUUUGUUUCGAUAUUGCUUGUGCCGAAGGCAAUAUUUAAAGUUGUACCUGUUAGCAUCCAGCUGUGUAUCCAAGAGUUGUUAUGGCCAAAUAGUUUGCCUCAAUCAAGUGAUCUCACUGUAAUUGUAUCAGGCUGGCCGCAGAUUGUAAUUGAAUUAUCCAACCAUACAAUGUCAUAAAACUGUCUAGUGUCUUCCAUUUUAAAUCAAAA